AUGGGCUUCUAUGUCAUUGCUGAAAUGGCAGCUUCCAGAUGCAGAUAUUAACACACGGAACUACAGCGAUCCAAGCACAACAACUGCAACAAAGCAGGUGAAGGGAUGUCUCCCAAGAUUACGACUGAGCUGCUUCGGCAGCUGAGGCAAGCAAUGAGAAACAGCAGCUAUAUCGUUGAGCCCAUUCAAGCUUACAUAGUGCCAUCAGGGGAUGCACACCAGAGUGAAUACAUUGCGCCUUGUGACUGUAGACGUGAAUUUAUUUCUGGAUUUAAUGGGUCUGCAGGCACUGCAAUUAUCACGGAGCAUCAUGCAGCCAUGUGGACAGAUGGCCGUUACUUUUUACAAGCUGGACAGCAGAUGGACAGUAACUGGACACUAAUGAAGAUGGGUUUAAAGGAAACUCCAUCUCAGGAAGACUGGCUAAUAAGUGUUCUUCCUGAAAGCUCCAAAGUUGGUGUUGAUCCCUGGAUAAUAGCAGCAGAUCAGUGGAAAACCAUGUCUAAGGCAUUGACUAGUGCAGGACACACACUAGUUGCAGUUAAAGAAAAUCUCAUUGAUGCCAUUUGGGUAGAUCGGCCAGCAAGACCCAGUUCACCAUUAAUCCCUCUGGGAUUGAACUACACUGGUAUGACCUGGAAGGAUAAGGUUAUAGCACUGCGGACAAAAAUGUCUGAAAGAAGAAUUACCUGGUUUGUUGUAACAGCGCUUGAUGAAAUUGCAUGGCUUUUCAACCUUCGUGGUUCUGACAUCGAGUAUAAUCCAGUUUUUUUUGCUUAUGCCAUUGUUGGAAUGAGCUCCAUAAGGCUCUUCAUUGAUCAAAACCGAAUGGUAGAUCCAGCUGUCAGAGAGCACUUGCAUCUGGACCCCUCUUGUAAGACAGAGUACAGCAUCCAGAUUUCCCCCUACGAAUCUGUGUUUUCUGAGCUCCAGGCUAUCUGUGCCACUCUGGGCCCUAAAGACAAAGUCUGGAUCAGUGACAAAGCCAGCUGUGCCUUGACACAGGCCAUCCCAAAGGCCCACAGAUCCCCCAUCCCAUGCACACCAUUAUGCCUUGCCAAAGCAGUGAAGAAUUCUACUGAAAUAGAAGGAAUGAAAAUGGCACAUAUUAAAGAUGCUGUUGCACUCUGUGAGCUGUUUGCAUGGCUGGAAAAAGAGAUUCCAAAAGGCACAGUGACAGAAAUAUCAGCUGCUGACAAAGCUGAAGAACUUCGCAGUGAACAGAAAGAUUUUGUCGGCUUGAGUUUUCCAACAAUUUCAAGUGUGGGACCAAAUGCUGCUAUCAUUCAUUACACGCCACUCCCAGAAACCAACAGGACUCUUUCUUUAAAUGAGGUGUACCUCAUAGACUCUGGGGCUCAGUACAAAGAUGGAACUACAGACGUGACCAGAACCAUGCACUUUGGGACACCUUCAGCUUAUGAAAAGGAGUGUUUUACCUAUGUUCUGAAGGGACAUAUAGCAGUGAGUGCAGCUGUUUUUCCCAAUGGAACCAAAGGGCACCUCCUGGACUCCUUUGCCCGCUCAGCACUGUGGGAAUCUGGACUGGAUUACCUUCAUGGAACAGGGCAUGGAGUAGGAUGUUUCCUAAAUGUCCAUGAGGGACCUUGUGGAAUUAGUUACAAGACUUUUGCUGAUGAGCCUCUGGAAGCGGGAAUGAUCCUCAGUGAUGAACCUGGCUAUUAUGAAGAUGGAUCUUUUGGCAUGCGAAUUGAAAAUGUUGUACUGGUAGUUGCUGCCAAACCUAAGUAUAACUACAGAAACAGAGGCAGUCUUACUUUUGAACCAAUUACACUCGUCCCCAUUCAAGCCAAAAUGAUAAAUACGGACAUGCUUAUUCAGAAGGAGCGGGACUGGUUGAAUGACUACCACAGGCAAUGCAGAGAAGUGGUGGGGGCGGAACUUGAGAGGCAGGGUCGUAAGGAUGCUCUCGAGUGGCUGAUCAGAGAAACCAACCCAAUCGCCUAACAGCGCAGCCUGGAAAGGAAUAUCAACUGAUUAUUUAAUCAAACAAAAAUGUUCUCCGGAAGGAAAAUAUUCAACUAAAGGAUCCUUUUUUCUUUAUAUACAUGACAAUUCUUAAUCUUAUGCUGUAUACUUCUACAUGUUUUAUAAAAUACAUAAUAAGAAUGCUAUGUCAAUGAUUUUAAUAAUAUUAAAAAAAUCUUGCUUAAAGUUA